CAAUGACAGUUGAGAAAUGCAGGGAACACUCUGUGCCUUGAUUCAGGGCCAAGGCGCUGAGUCUUAGAGAGGCCCUAGCAAACCACGGAGAAGUUAGAGCAGGGUUGAUGGAACCAAGAACUGCUUGAACUCCAGGCCGAAAAGACUGGUGGCAGGAUGGACCCCUUCUCAGACACACUGCGGCAACUGCGGGAGGCCUUCAGCUCAGGGCGGACACGGCCCACCAAGUUCCGGGCUGCACAGCUCAAGGGCCUGGGCCGCUUCCUGCAGGACCACAAGCAGCUGCUGCAGGAGGCACUGGCACAGGACCUACGCAAGUCAGCCUUGGAGUCAGACUUGUCCGAGAUCAUCCUGUGUCAGAACGAGAUCAAUCUAGCCCUCAAGAAUCUACACACCUGGAUGAAGGACGAGCCAGUGGCCAAGAACUUGGUCACACAGCUGGACUCCGCCUUCAUCCGGAAGGAGCCCUUAGGCCUGGUGCUCAUCAUCGCCUCCUGGAACUACCCCGUGUACGUGACCUUGAUGCCCCUGGUGGGCGCCCUCGCUGCAGGAAACUGUGUGGUGCUAAAGCCAUCAGAAAUAAGCCAGGGCACAGAGAAGGUCCUGGCUGAGGUGCUGCCCCAGUACCUGGACCAGAGCUACUUUGCUGUGGUGCUGGGCGGGCCCGAGGAGACACAGCAGCUGCUGGAACACAAGUUCGACUACAUCUUCUUCACGGGGAGCACUCGGGUUGCCAAGACUGUCAUGUCCGCUGCCGCCAAGCACCUGACACCAGUCACGCUGGAGUUGGGGGGCAAGAACCCCUGCUACGUGGACGACAACUGCGACCCCCAGACCGUGGCCAACCGCGUGGUCUGGUUCCGCUACUUCAACAUGGGCCAGACCUGCGUGGUCCCCGAUUACGUUCUGUGCAGCCCGGAAAUGCAGGAGCGGCUGCUGCCUGCCCUGCAGAGUGCCAUCACCCGUUUCUAUGGCGAGGACCCCAGGAACUCCCCAGACCUGGGCCGCAUCAUCAACGAGAAGCAUUUCCAGAGGCUGCAGGGCCUGCUGGGCUGUGGCCGUGUGGCCAUCGGGGGCCAGAGCGACGAGACGGAGCGUUAUAUCUGGGGAGCUCGCUGGCAGCUGCCGUACAGCCCCGCCCUCCAGCUGCCCACCACCCCCUUCAGCUCACAGGGUGAACUCAGGCCCUUCCAGGGCCCUGAGGGGGCUGGGCAGAGCCCCUGGGACCUGGGGACAGCCGGCUGGCUUGCUGCAGUCCAGCCUCUCAGCCUCAUUGCUGCUUCUUUGCAGGUGGUCAAGCAGGUGCUGGCCCGGACCAGCAGUGGGGCCUUCACUGCGAACGACGGCUUCAUGUACUUGUCCCUCAGCAGCCUGCCUUUCGGAGGAGUGGGCAAAAGCGGGAUGGGAAGAUGCCAUGGCAAGUUCUCCUUCGAUACCUUCUCCCAUCACCGCUCCUGCCUGCUAACUCACACAGGCCUGGAGAAGCUCAACAAUAUCCGCUACCCGCCCUAUACUAACAGGAAGAAGCAACUCUUGACCUGGGCCUUGAGCUUCCAGGGCUGCACCCUUCUGUGAGAGCUUUGCCUGCCUCCAGCCCCCCACCCCACAGCCCCUCUGUCCUGCUGCUGCCCAGGUGUUCAGUGAUUCCUGAAAGGUGGGCGUCCCAUCCAGUAGUGCAAAGAUCCUGCCUUCAGGCCUUUGUCUGAACACUCCCCCAGCUAGGCAGGACCUCCGGGCUGCUGGGCCACCCGUUUCAGGGCCCAAGUCCCCUCUGUAGCCUCCUGACAGAUUCAUUGACCCUCUGCUUGGAUAUGCCUGAUAACAGAGAGCUCACCCCACCUCCCUGCAAGGUUGGGUAGCUCCCAUGUUAGAAAGGACUCCUUCAUGCUGGAUCUAUAAUUAGGCUCUCAAAAUACAGAGUGAUUUCUAACUGCUCCAUUCA